AUUGUGUCAUCCCAUUCAUUCAACGUGGAGCUGGGAGCCUAAUCUGGCGUUCAACCAGAACAGGUAGGGGUGUGGUUCAAGCUAGUCACUCCACAACUCCGUUCGCUCAUCUUUCGCUUUCAUGAAGGUUCUCAACUAAGAACCAAGAAUGAUCGGACGUGUCCUUUUGUUCUGUCUGUGUAUACUGGCGUGUCACAUUGACCUGUCUCACCAACAAGUGUUUCUCCUGGAACUCCAGAACGCAACUGCGGCUGUAGGUAGCACGACCUACUUCCAGGCCGCUGUUCUCGGCACCAUCACUGGACAAGGUAAUUGGUCCAGAAAUGGUGUCCCGAUUGUCCAUCAACCUGGCAAGUAUAACAUCCUGACCACUGGUAUAUUUCGACAGCUUUUCAUCACAAACACCGCCCUCUCAGAUGCAGGAACUAUCAGCUUCAGGAUAAAUGGAGAAGUGUCAUCAGCUCAGCUUACUGUUUUACAAGGCGCCGUAAGUAUUGUGAGUGGACUAACCCCCCAGACAGUCAAUACUGGGAGUACUGUCACCCUACAGGCCACCUUAUCUCAAAGUAACAUCCAAACAGGACAGUGGUUUAAGAACGGGGCGGUAUUGACGACCAACGCUCGCAUACAGACGUCAGUGAAUGGGCAAUCUCAGAUUCUGAGCAUAUCAAAUGUCCAGACUUCGGAUCGGGCAACGUAUGAAUACAGAGUUAAUGGACUAUCCACAAGCGCACUUCUCACAGUUAAUGUUCCAAUAGGCGCCGUAAGUAUUGUGAGUGGACUAACCCCCCAGACAGUCAAUACUGGGAGUACUGUCACCCUACAGGCCACCUUAUCUCAGACUAACAUCCAAACAGGACAGUGGUUUAAGAACGGGGCGGUAUUGACGACCAACGCUCGCAUACAGACGUUUGUGAAUGGACAAUCUCAGAUUCUGAGCAUAUCAAAUGUCCAGACUUCGGAUGGGGCCACGUAUGAAUACAGAGUUAAUGGACUAUCCACAAGCGCACUUCUCACAGUUAAUGUUCCAAUAGGCGCCGUAAGUAUUGUGAGUGGACUAACCCCCCAGACAGUCAAUACUGGGAGUACUGUCACCCUACAGGCCACCUUAUCUCAGACUAACAUCCAAACAGGACAGUGGUUUAAGAACGGGGCGGUAUUGACGACCAACGCUCGCAUACAGACGUUUGUGAAUGGACAAUCUCAGAUUCUGAGCAUAUCAAAUGUCCAGACUUCGGAUGGGGCCACGUAUGAAUACAGAGUUAAUGGACUAUCCACAAGCGCACUUCUCACAGUUAAUGUUCCAAUAGGCGCCGUAAGUAUUGUGAGUGGACUAACCCCCCAGACAGUCAAUACUGGGAGUACUGUCACCCUACAGGCCACCUUAUCUCAGACUAACAUCCAAACAGGACAGUGGUUUAAGAACGGGGCGGUAUUGACGACCAACGCUCGCAUACAGACGUUUGUGAAUGGACAAUCUCAGAUUCUGAGCAUAUCAAAUGUCCAGACUUCGGAUGGGGCCACGUAUGAAUACAGAGUUAAUGGACUAUCCACAAGCGCACUUCUCACAGUUAAUGUUCCAAUAGGCGCCGUAAGUAUUGUGAGUGGACUACCCCCUCAGACAGUCAAUACUGGGAGUACUGUCACCCUACAGGCCACCUUAUCUAAAAGUAACAUCCAAACAGGACAGUGGUUUAAGAACGGGGCGGUAUUGACGACCAACGCUCGCAUACAGACGUUUGUGAAUGGGCAAUUUCAGAUUCUGAGUAUAUCAAAUGUCCAGACUUCGGAUGGGGCCACGUAUGAAUACAGAGUUAAUGGACUAUCCACAAGCGCACUUCUCACAGUUAAUGUUCCAAUAGGUCCUAUAGUCAAUGGUGGAUUAUCACAGUGGACCGAAUGGACUGGUCUACCUUGUGGCGUUGCCUGCGAAACAAGAACGGAUGUGAUACGGACGCGAACAAGAAGCUGCUCCAACCCACCUCCCAGCAAUGGAGGACUCAACUGUACUGGGUCGUUUGUGGACGUUCUGUCUGCUUGCGUGGGACCUGUAAACGGCGGGUUUUCCCUGUGGUCUGAAUGGUCUGACCCUUCCUGUGGCAUCACCUGUGGCUCCACCAACGGUAUCAUCAGGUCACGAACCAGAAGGUGCACAAACCCCGUUCCCAGUAAUGGCGGACUGCCAUGUUUUGGGGAUGUAGUGCAGACGUCUGUCAAGACGUGUAGCUUCGCUGCUUGUCAAGUGAAUGGUGGACUAACAGCUUGGACUCAGUGGACCGAUCCACCAUGUGGCAUCACGUGUGGACAACGAUCAGAUGUUAUGCGGACACGCACCAGGAGCUGUUCCAAUCCACUCCCCAGCAAUGGAGGACGUGACUGCACGGGGUCUUUGGUGGAGAUUUUGCAGAAAACCUGUUUCUUCCCAGCUUGUGUUGUGAAUGGUGGUUUGACGCCAUGGUCCCAGUGGAGUGGACCACCUUGUGACUUGACCUGUGGAGCUAAGAACGAUGUGGUGAGAACCAGAACCAGAAGCUGCACCAACCCUGCCCCCAGUAAUGGCGGACUGAACUGCACCGGACCCUUCGUUGAAGUUAAAGCUUCGUGUGUCGUCCCUGUCAAUGGAGGAUUCACUCAGUGGACGCAGUGGACUAACCCUUCCUGUGGCAUCACCUGUGGCUCCACCAGCAGUGUGUUGAGGUCAAGGACAAGAAGCUGCACCAACCCCAUCCCCACUAAUGGCGGCCUACAGUGCUCCGGGGAUAGUGUUGAAACAUUGGUCAAGACGUGUGUCUUCCCAGCGUGCCCGGUUAACGGUGGCCUGACGCUCUGGACACAGUGGACCAAUCCACCUUGCGGCAUCAGUUGUGGAACAAGAACUGACUUGACACGAACACGGACCAGGAGCUGCACCAACCCUCCUCCCAGCAAUGGUGGACAAGGCUGCGCUGGUCUUUUAGUUGAGGUCGAACCGAGAAACUGUGACUUUGCUGCUUGCAUUGUGAACGGCGGCUUCACACUGUGGACUCAGUGGACCAACCCACCGUGCGGCAUCACCUGUGGAAGAAGUACUGAAAUACGCACACGAAUCAGAAGCUGCACCAACCCUGCCCCGAGCAAUGGAGGGACACCCUGUACCGGUCCUAUCAUAGAUAUUUUAUCAAAAAGCUGUGAUUUCACUCCUUGUGUUGUCGCUGUCAACGGAGGAUUCACCCAGUGGACCCAAUGGACCACCCCUUCCUGUGGCAUCACCUGUGGCUCCACCAAUAGCCUUGUCAGGUCACGAACCAGAAGCUGCACCAACCCCUUUGCCAGUAAUGGUGGACAACAAUGCUUUGGAAAUACUAUUGAAACGUUGUCUCAGCCUUGUGUCUUUAGUGCCUGCCGAGCCCCAUUGAAUGGUGGCCUGACCCAGUGGACCACGUGGACCAAUCCCGGGUGUGGCAUCACGUGUGGGGUGGGAGCCUCUGUCAGCAGAACAAGGGUCAGGACCUGCACCAACCCUGCUCCAGCUAACGGAGGACAAGUCUGCACUGGUCCUUUCGUUCAGGUUUUAGCCCAGACAUGUUCAUUCUCACCCUGUGCCGUCAAUGGAGGUUUCACCCAGUGGAGUCAAUGGACUAACCCUACCUGUGGCAUCAGCUGUGGUUCCACUAACAGUGUUGUUAGGUCACGGUUCAGAAGCUGCACAAAUCCUGUAGCCAGUAACGGAGGCCAAUCCUGCACUGGAGAUCGAGUUCAGACGUUGAUUCAGACUUGUGUCUUUAGUCCCUGUCCAGUGAACGGUGGCCUCACACAAUGGACCUUGUGGACCGAGCCUCCUUGUGGCAUCAAUUGUGGAACAAGAACCGAUGUCCUGCGCACAAGAAGUAGAAGCUGCAGCAACCCUGCCCCGAGCAAUGGUGGACUUGCCUGUAAUGGGCCUUUUGUGGAGACUGCACAGAAAUCCUGUGCUUUCUCCCCUUGUGUUGUUAAUGGUGGUUUGACUCAGUGGACUCAAUGGACGAAUCCUGCCUGUGGUAUCACCUGUGGCUCCACCAACAGCCUUGUCAGGUCACGAACCAGAAGCUGCACCAACCCUGCUCCCAGUAACGGCGGACAACAAUGCUUUGGAAAUACAGUUGAAACGAUCCUGAAGUCGUGCGUGUUGAGUGCAUGUCCGGUGAACGGUGGCUACACACUGUGGACUCAGUGGACCAACCCACCGUGCGGCAUCACGUGCGGAUCACGUACUGAUGUCACACGUACAAGAACGAGGAGCUGCACCAACCCCGCCCCGAGCAAUGGAGGACAGCCGUGCACCGGUCCUAUACUGGAUUCACAAACGACACAAUGUUCGUUCUCUCCAUGUCCAGUGAACGGUGGCCUCACACUAUGGACUCAGUGGACGGAUGCUUCUUGUGGCAUCACUUGUGGAACCAGAACUGACGUUGUACGUAGCCGCACCAGGAGCUGCACCAACCCUCCGCCCAGUAAUGGAGGACAAGUCUGUACUGGAACGUUGAUAGAGAAUGUGCCAAUAAGCUGUGUUUUCCCUGCCUGUGAUAUCGCUGUCAACGGAGGAUUCACCCAGUGGACCCAAUGGACCACCCUUUCCUGUGGCAUAUCCUGUGGCUCCACCAACAGCCUUGUCAGGUCACGGAGCAGAAGCUGCACAAACCCUGUUCCUAGGUUUGGUGGACAACAAUGCUUUGGGGAUAGACUCCAGACUAAUCUCCAACCGUGUGUUUUUAAUCCCUGCCCAGUGAACGGUGGCCUUACACAAUGGACUCAAUGGACCAAUCCACCUUGUGUCAUCACGUGUGGAAUCAGAACCGAUAUUUCACGUACCCGCACCAGGAGCUGCUCCAACCCCGCCCCCAGCAAUGGCGGCUUGCCCUGCAGUGGACCUCUCGUUGACGUGUUACCUCAAACCUGUUCCUUCACGCCUUGUCCCGUGAACGGUGGCCUCACACUAUGGACUCAGUGGACGGAUGCUUCUUGUGGCAUCACUUGUGGAACCAGAACUGAUGUUGUACGUACCCGCACCAGGAGCUGCACCAAUCCCCCGCCCAGCAAUGGAGGACAAGUCUGUACUGGAACGUUGAUAGAGAAUGUGCCAAUAAGCUGUGUUUUCCCUGCCUGUGAUACUCCGAUAAAUGGAGGAUUCACCCAGUGGACUCAAUGGACCACCCCUUCCUGUGGCAUCACCUGUGGCUCCACCAACAGCAUUGUCAGGUCACGAACCAGAAGCUGCACCAACCCUCUUCCUAGGUUUGGAGGACAGCAAUGCAUUGGAGAAACACUUGAAACUACGACACAGUUAUGUGUCUUUAAUCCUUGCCCAGUGAACGGUGGCCUGACAUUAUGGUCUCAGUGGACGAAUCCAGAGUGUGGAAUCACUUGUGGAACGAGAUCCAACGUGGUACGAACACGUACCAGGAGCUGUACCAACCCAGCCCCCAGCAACGGAGGGGUAGCAUGCACUGGAUUAAUGGUGGAGAGUUUGCAGAAGAGCUGUGCUUUCGCCCCCUGUCCUGUAAAUGGUGGCCUAACGGGUUGGAGUUUGUGGACGGAUGCUUCUUGUGGCAUCACUUGUGGAACCAGAACUGAUGUUGUACGUAGUCGCACCAGGAGCUGCACCAACCCUGCUCCUAGCAAUGGAGGACAAGUUUGCACAGGGACUUUAGUUGAGACAGUACCGAUAAGCUGUGUGUUCCCUGCUUGUGAUACCCCAAUUAACGGAGGACUAACCCAGUGGACUCAAUGGACUAACCCAUCCUGUGGCAUCACAUGCGGCUCCACGUUCAGCGUGUUCAGGGCACGGACCAGAAGCUGCACCAACCCCACUCCAAGGUUCGGUGGGCAGCAGUGCUUUGGCGACACAGUCCAAACAGUGCCUAAACAAUGUGUCUUCAAUGCCUGCACGGUGAACGGCGGUCUCACAGCUUGGACCCAAUGGACGGAACCAAUUUGUGGCAUCACUUGUGGAACAAGAAAUGACGUCAUACGUACACGCACCAGAAGCUGCACCAACCCUCCUGCCAGCAAUGGUGGACAAACAUGCACUGGUCCUUUUGUGGAGUUUUCGCAGAGAAACUGUGUUUUCGCACCAUGUCUUGUUGUAGUUAAUGGCGGCUUUACCCAGUGGACACAAUGGACCAAUCCGUCGUGCGGCAUCACGUGUGGAACUGGAUCCAGCGUUGUGAAGAUGAGGACAAGGGCGUGCUCAAACCCUCCACCCAGUAACGGAGGAACCUCUUGUGUUGGAGACAGGAUACAAACAUUGGCACAGCCUUGCUUCUUCUCACCAUGUCUCGUCAAUGGAGGAUUCACACUUUGGACUGAGUGGACCAAUCCACCCUGUGGCAUCAAUUGUGGGACAGCAUCCAGUGUGAUCCGAACUCGAACAAGAACCUGCACCAACCCUGCACCCAGCAAUGGCGGACAAAACUGCUUUGGCCUAACGGUUGAAGUGUUGCCUAAGACCUGUGUGUUCGAACCUUGUGGCGUUAAUGGAGAUUUUACUCAGUGGACCCAAUGGACCAGCCCGUCGUGCGGCAUCACCUGUGGCUCCACCAACAACCUUGUCAGGCAGCGAACAAGGAGCUGCAGAAACCCCGUUGCCAGUAAUGGCGGACAACAGUGCUUUGGAAAUACAAUUGAAACGUUGUCUCAAUCUUGUGUCUUCGCCCCCUGCCAAGUUGUCAGAAACGGUGGCUUAACACUCUGGUCUCAAUGGACCGAUCCCCCUUGCGGCAUCACAUGCGGGACGGGAGACGUAUCACGUUCAAGAUUCAGGUCCUGCACAAGUCCGGUCCCCAGCGGGGGAGGACAAGACUGUUCUGGCACUUUAGUGGAGGUGAUAGCAAAGAACUGUGUCCUCUCUCCCUGCGUUGUUCCGGUAAAUGGAGGACUUACCCAGUGGACGCAAUGGACCAAUCCUACUUGUACCAUCACCUGUGGUUCCGCUAACAGCCUUGUCAGAUCCAGGUCCAGAAGCUGCACAAACCCUGUUCCCAGUAAUGGCGGUCAGUCAUGUUCUGGAGACAGAGUACAAACAUCGGCUCGACCAUGCAUCUUUAAUUCUUGUCCAGUGGACGGUGGCUUGACGUUCUGGACACAGUGGACUAAUCCACCUUGCGGCAUCAGUUGUGGAACAAGAACUGACUUGACACGAACACGGACCAGGAGCUGCACCAACCCUCCUCCCAGCAAUGGUGGACAAGGCUGCACUGGUCCGUUCCUGGAUGUAACACAGCAAAUCUGUUCCUUCUCCGCUUGUGUUGUGAAUGGCGCUUAUACCGAAUGGACUCAAUGGACUGCACCUUCCUGUGGCAUCACCUGUGGCUCCACCAACAGCCGUGUCAGGUCACGAACCAGAAGCUGCACCAACCCUGCUCCCAGUAACGGCGGACAACAAUGCUUCGGUAACACGCUUGAAACAUCGAGUACCCAGUGUGUCUUCAGUGCUUGUCCAGUGGAUGGUGGCCUGACCCUCUGGACCGAGUGGACCAACCCCCCUUGCAGCAGCGCGUGUGUGAUUCGGACUCGAACCAGGAGCUGCACCAACCCACCUCCCAGCAAUGGCGGUCUGAACUGUACUGGAGCUCUGCUGGGGGUAGUGAAGAAGACAUGUGAUAACGUCCCUUGUCUCGUUCCAGUGAAUGGCAGUUUCACGCAAUGGACGGAGUGGACAGGACCUCCGUGUAGCGUCACGUGCGGAGCCGGGCCGAGCGUGGUCAGAAGGAGGUCACGGUCGUGUACAAACCCCCCUCCAAGUAACGGGGGCAACGGCUGUUUCGGGGAUGUCUUGCAGACAAUAUCAACACCUUGCAGCUUCCCAGAAUGUGGAGGGCUCUGUACGUCAGUAACGUAUCGAGACGGCAUUGGCUACCGCUACCACCCUACUGACUGCGACAAGUACAUCCAGUGCUACAACAACCCCAAUGGCAACGUUGUUGCUAUGUACAGGAGAUGUCCGUUUGGUAAAUUCUGGAACCAAGUCACAUUCCAAUGUGACGAUUCCUGGAGGGUUGUGUGUCCACACGACAAGUGCAAGGACAACAGCACUGCGACCUUCAACCUUCUGGGCAGCUGCCGUGCAUACUGGGAGUGUGACACUAACUUCGUGGCAGUGCCCAAGUGUUGCGGCGUGGGAUACAGCUAUGUGCAUCGCGAGGGAUGCAAGCCUAACCUCUUCUGUCGGGAUCUGUGUCCCACUGCAUGUGAAGACAGAGAUCUCUGCGACAAGCGGCCCGACUGGAACGCCAACCCAGCCACGUACAACAUGUCUGUCGGCAUUCUCGGCUGGGUACCCACCUCAUGUGCUGCCGGAACUCAGUUCGACAUCACCAACUGUGGCUGCAGUGCUCUCAACCAAUUCUGUUCGGCCUCCAACGCUGUCACCUUCACCGCGGGAAGUAGCUUAACGUCAGCCCUAGCAUCAUGGCUUGAACUCUCUAAUGUCGAGGUUUCCAACGGAAUCGCCAACUUCAACGGCAGCAGUCGGCUUGUAGCCACAGUCACCAUGCCAACUGCGUCAACCGCUAACCCUUUGAUCAUCCGCUUCCGGUAUCGUGAAUCUGGCGCUGUGUUCGGACGUCGAGUGCUGGUCAGCACAAGUGACUGUAAGAAUGGCAGCAGCCUGGUCAUUGCUGUGGACAGUUACACCAUGACCUUUGAACUGACGUCUUGGUAUAACUGGGCAGUCACGUUACCUGUGUCCAUGGCGGGCUUCUCCCGUGACGACUGGAAGACGGUGACAUUUUCGUACGCGGGCUAUGACAUGUUGGCUGUAGUGGAGAGUGCCACGCUGAAGUAUGCUGCCAAGGUUCAUGCGCCACAGUCAACCAUUAUGCAGUGUGGCCUGACAUUCGGAACAGACUCCAAGAACGAUGCUACCAACAACUUCAUUGGGCAGCUUGAUCAGUUAUCGCUGUACCAGUGUGACCCAGGCAACCUGUAUUAAUGGAUGCUACGGUGGGGGAAACACACGACAAUCAACAGACUGUGACGUCACAUUCAACCUGAGACCAAAUACGCAAUCAAAUCAGACACAGCCGUCACUCAUAUAGAAGACCUCUGUGUCUGUUUAUAACUUCCCCUAAUUUUAAAAGCGGCGUUAAACCUAACUCACUCACUCACUUAUAACUUGCCAAAGAGAUGGAAGAAAAUAAAAGAAAUGAAAGAGACACGUACAUGACAUUACAACCUGUCUACGAUAUAAUUUUGACAAGAUUCAUUCCGAAAAUACAACUUGAUCUUCUGUCAAUGUAUAAUUAAACUGCCCGGCAAAGAAAUAUACACCCAUGUUUGAUGGUGACAAAGAAAUAAACAAACAAUCUGUGGAAAUACAUCUGGCUGGUGGGUGGACCUGCAUAAUCAUCAUCUGACAAUGUUUGUUUUGUUUGUUUGUUGUUUAGUGUGAACUCAGCAAUAUUCAGCAAUAUGACUACGGUCUGCAAAUACUCGAAGUCUGGAUCAGACAAUCCAGUGAUUGACAUCAUGAGCAUCGAUCCACGCAAUUGCGAUCGAUGACAUGCAUCAACCAAGUCAGCGAGCCUGACCACCCAAUCCCGUUAGUCGCCUCUUACGACAAGCAUAAUCGUCUGUUACGGCAAGCAUGGGUUGCUGAAGACCUUUUCUACCCCGAUCGUCACGGGUCGUUUCAGUAACGGUAUUGAUUUCUUGGUUAUGUCCAAUAUCCGAGUGUAUCCUUUCCUCCGCCCGGCAGUUUAGUAUCGGAAACUCUGCUGAUAUAAAAUGUAUCACAUGCAACGCCACACUGCUCAAAUGUUUGAUUGGGUUAGUUAUUAGGUAAUGUUUAUGAGAGAGGGAAAGCGAUUUCCAUGCACAGAAUUAAAGAAUGACAUUAUAUGAUAAAGAGGUUAUCUCGCUUGUGUGUUUGGGGAGGGCAAAUAUCCUGCAUUAGGAAUUAACAUUGUAUUUAGCGAGCCUAUAUUACCUAUAUACUGUAUACCGAAACUUAUCUUGACAGUCUGCCAAUAUUAUAGUACAUACAAUUAGUUCUCACUCAUCUUAUAAAGGUUGUUAAUGUGGUCGUUGUAAAGUGUAUCAUAUUUUGUUACAAAAAUAAAGCUUUUAACACUGUUCACUGUAUAUGCCAAUUGUUGUUGAACUGUAUUCAAAUAAAUAAUAUUUUCGUAAUUUC